CUCAGUGUUAAAGACGAAAUAUCUGAAAAAUUAACUUCUACAUGGGAGUCUAUAGAUACGAUAACGAACUAUUGCAAUUAUAUGUCUGAGAGUAUGAAAACAUUUCAAGAACAUAUAAAUCAUUUAACCGCUUUAUACAAUACUAUAAUAGAUAUGCAAAAAAAUACAGUAGAACGACAAGAACAACAACUGUAUGAUUUGAAAAUAAAAGAUGCUGAUCAUCAAAAGUAUAUUAAUCAAGUAGAAGAGAACUUAGUGAUGCAAGAAAAAAAAAUACAAGAAUUGCUUUCGAUAAAACAUAUAUUGGAAGAAGAAGCAAAAAGUUAUGAAGAGAAAUUAUCUUUUGAGAAAAACUAUUUAAUAAGUCUUCAUACAGAAGAGAAAUUAAAAUUAAUAAAAGAACAUGAAAUAAUUAUAAAUGAAAAGGAUCAGUUACAAUUAUCGAUAAAACAAAUUGAGGAAAAAACAAAGAAUACACUAGAUUUAAUUACCGAAAAAGAAAUAUACAUUAAUAAAUUACAAGAAGAAAUGAAUUCUUACAUAAAUCAGAUAACAACACUCUCAUCUCAAAAUACGGAGUUAAUUAAAAAUAUCGAAAGAUUAGAAAAAGAGAAAGAAAAAGAAGCACAAGAAAAAGCAAACGAGGUAAAACAAUUGUUAGAAGUGAUAAGUAAAAACAAAGCAAAAGAGAAUGAAUUAACUGAAGGUAUUGAACAAAAAAUGGAACUAUGUAAAUACCUUGAAAAUAAUUUAUUAGAUACUAAAAAUAAAUUGGAACAAGCAGGAAAUACUAUACAGUAUUUAAAAAGUAAUGAAAAUACUACUAUUAUAAAUCUUCAAAAAGCAAUAGAAGCUUUACAAAGAGAAAAAGCAGAGAUGUACGCGGAAUAUCAAAUGCAAAUUCAGUGUAUAAAACAAUCUGAAAAAAAAAUUCAAGAGAAGCAGGAGGCUACUUUAAAGGAGGAAUUUAAAACUACCACUACAGAGAUGAAGAAUACAAUAGAACAAUUGAAAAAAGAUAUUACGAAACUUCAUGAAGCACUCGUAGAAGCUAAAGCUGAAAAUAAUACACUACGCAAUAAAGAUUUUGAAAUUAAAGAAAAUAAUAAUAAGUUAAAGAAAAGUGUUAGUAACAUUGCCAAAAAUAAAGAUAAAGAUCAAACUGAAUCUGAAUUAGAAAAUAAGUAUACAAAAUAUCAAAAAGAAUUAGCUCUGGCUGAACAAAAAUAUAGAAGUAUACAAGUUAAACUUGAUAAACAAAUGGAAACGCAAGUAAAUAUGUUAAAAACUCCACCAUUUUCACAUUCUCAAUCUCAAAAUAAUAAGUUACAGAAUAUAAAGGAUAAGGAGGAACUUUUCAAUGAAUUACAAAAGUCGUCUUCGCAACAAACACCAACGCAAAUGUUUAGUGUUAUAGCAAAUCAAGACAAAAUUACGGAAACAGAGAAUUCACCCGGUGAGAAAAAAUUCUUUAAGUUAAGAAAUACGCAAGUUCGACGAUAUGGAAAUCAAAAAAACAGAAUUAUUAGAACAUAACAUAUU